GAGAGAAGACAAGUCAUCACCAGAAACGUAAUAACAGAAUUGCCGUCCAGGAUGGAUGUUUUGUGUGUUUUCUGUACUUGUCUCACGUUGAGCCACGCGCACAAUGCCUGCAGUUGAAAAGGUUUUGUUCGUUCGGCUCGCGUUACGCAGAUGCAGACGCGCGUCAGUGAAACACCAGAGCAGCGGGACACAUCGACUGACAUCUCAGUCACACUUUUCACCGAAGCUUCAUUCUACCACAAGCAGUAAUACAACGCAAAUAACAUGCUGAUUAACUAUUAAGAAUGUUAAGGCUAUGACAUAUGAAGACACAGGAUUUUGACAAAAGGAAACAUGUUAAAAACGUUUUUAUUCAUUUAUUUUUAAACCAGUAGCACUUGUAAAUUAAUACUGUAAGGUCAACAGUUUGUAAAACAAACCUUUAUAUUAUCAUUUUAUAUAACCAUGUAAUUGCACCUAAGAACAAUAGCCUAUACAUGUAGGCUAAUAAUCUGAAUAGGCCUAUGUAUUUAUUGACUGGUUUUUAAACAAGUAACACUUGUAAUACUGUAAGGUCAACAGUUUGUGAAAUAAACCUUUAUAUAACCUUAUAUUAUCAUCUUAAUGUGUAUUUGUGUUUUAAGAACAAUAUAAAUGUAAUUAUCAGUUUAUUAUAUUAGAAUUCUGGCCAAUUAAAUUUUAAGCAGAAACAAAUACUGUAUAAGUUUAUUUUUUAUUUAUUUAUUUACAUUCUGCUUAUGUUGUGACAAUUAUAUUGUGUCUGAAUGAAGCAUAUUUUGCAGUAUUAUUCCAUGAAGUGUUUAGCAAACAGUUACCUGCUGGAGAGGCGUUGCCUGUUGGCUAUGUGGCAGUUAAAAGAGUUACUGUUGAAAUGCAAAUUAUCUUUUUUUUUUUUUUGCCUUUGGCAGUAGAUGGAAAUGUCUGUCUCUAUCCAUCAUGGCCAUGUUCUGCAGAAGCACUCGGCUUGUGCUCAAACACAUAAAGGACAUUAUCUGAGCAGAUGUCACUUGCACUAACUGUCUGAACCUGUUCACAUUUGCACUGAGAAGGAUUAGUUUCCAUGGCACCCUCAAGAAAACAUCACCCAGCACUAACUAUUUCACCCUUCCAUCACCUGCAAAGUAAACAAAUCAGGAAAAACAAUAUUCACACCUACAGGGUUUGAUGAUACUGACAACACGCAACAACAAUAAUAAAAAUAAUAAAAUAUAUAUAAUGAUAUGUCAUCUUUCAUUAUAUUUUACAGUUCCAUUAGUAUUUAAACAUAAUUGUUCAAUGUCUAUUUAUAAACGUAACUUUUUAUUUUGUUCAAAUAGACAGAUAUGCCAAAUCCUUUUACUGUGUGGAUAUGAUGGCACAGUUUACUUUUAGAAUGAGACGGAAGUGUCACACUUUCUGAUUUGCAAAGGACUGAUUUGCAUGUCAAAUCACUGACAGUAACACUGUGUUUUUCCAUUAGGAAUGUGUACAUUGAACACUGAUGUAUCCUCAUGUUUUUAAAUGAUUCUGAAUCAAGGCUAUUAUGCUCAUAAAAGCUGCAUUUAUUUGACUUAUCAAAACAGUAAUAUUGUAAAAUAUUAUUACAUCAUUAAAAUAUCUCUCUCUCUCUCUCUCUCUCUCUCUCUCUCUCUCUCUCUUUCUCUCUCUUUCUCAGAAGAAAAAGGUACAAAUGUUGUCACUUGGGUGGUACCUUUUUAAAAGGCACAACUGUCUACCUAUAGAGUCCAAGUUGGUACCACCCCAGUGACAGCUUUUGUACCCUUAUAUGUAUAUAAAUUUGGAAGAACUGCAUUUUCAGCACCAUUAGGCCAGCAUUCAUUGUCACAUGAUCCUUCAGAAAUCAUUCCGAUCAGUAAAAUCAGGAUAACAGGACACCAGCUGUGUGUCCUGUAUCCCUGCAGCACCUGUUCUUACGCAAACAACACCUAACAGAGAGUGCGGUGAUCGACAGCAGCCAUGAAUCCACAGGAGCAAUUGGAGCAGAGGGGGAAGUUUCGGAUGACAGUGUUCGAGGAGGAAUACUUCCAGGGCAAGAGCUGUGAAUUCAGAUUUGAGUGCCAGAACAUUCUGGACAGAGACUUCAGAAAGAUUCGCUCCAUUAAGGUGGAGAACGGCCCCUGGGUGGGGUACGAGUAUCCUGAGUUCCAGGGCCAGCAGUUUAUCCUGGAGAAGGGAGACUAUCCCUGUUACCAGGCCUGGAGUGGCAACAGCAGUUACAGAACAGAGCACAUGCUCUCUUUCAGACCUAUUAAAUGUGCUAACCACAGUGACAGUAAGAUUACCCUCUAUGAGUGUGAAGACUUCAUGGGACGCAAAUUUGAGAUGUGUGAGGAUUAUCCCUCCCUUCAAGCCAUGGGUUGGUGUAGCAAGGAAGUCCCCUCAAUCAAAAUCAACUCUGGAGCCUGGGUAGGCUAUCAGUUUCCCGGUUACCGUGGAUAUCAGUACAUCUUUGAGAGGGACAGACACCAAGGAGAGUACAGAUGCUACAAUGAGUACGGCACCCAGGCACACACCAAUCAGAUCCAGUCUAUGCGCAGAAUUCAGCAAUAAGACCCAGCACCACUGUGUUCACCAUGUCAUGACAUGUCAAUACUAUAGGCAAUAAAGACAUUAUAUAAACUAUAGUAAAAGAGUGCUUGUGGCAAUUCCUUGCUUUCAUUCACAUCUGCUCAAUUCAUGGACCUGCUAAGUGGUAAUUCUUGAUGUAAAACAAGCAGAUCUGAUGCUUUUUUAAAGUUAUAUGUAAUUAGAGCUGGCCUCCCACAUUUCUAGGUAAAUGUAACCAUGCAGACAUUUUACAAAUUAAGGUUGUUUUUUUUUCUUUCUAAAAUUGUUGGACUAGACGGAUUAAAUUUAACAAUAAGGAUGUUUUAUGCCAGCUGAACAACAAAAAAACUCUUGCUUGAUCUAUAAUAAAUAUAU